UAGUUUGCCCUCUAUUUCCAAUAUGUGGGGUAUUUGCAUACAACGAGUAAUUUCAUCUAAUUUACCUCGUUCGCACCUGUAGAUCGUCUGUUCCGGAGACCCGGAUUAGUUUGGUACUGGUAUAAUACUGUUGGCAUCAUACUUAACGGGCCGCUCCUCUUCAGAACUCAUCUCUUGGCUACUUGCAUUCUGUGUUACUGCUAGGACUCUCAUAACAACAUGGUCAAAUCAACUGCUCUUGCGCUGUCUCUCGCCACUACCGGCCUCGCUGCCCCGUACUCAAACGGCUCAUCAUGGUCUGGCUGGAAGAAUGUCAAACAACUCUUCGUCUUCGGUGAUUCCUAUACGCAAACCGGCUUUGACGUGAAAGGAACACAACCCAGCGCCUCAAACCCGUUCGGCAACCCUGCGUACCCCGGCUACACGUCCUCCAACGGACCCAACUGGGUUGGUUUCCUCUCUACAACCUACAAUGCCAGCGACCUUCUUACCUACAACAUGGCCUAUGGAGGCGCCACUGUUGACUCCGACCUCGUAACACCAUACGCUCCCACAGUCAUCAGCAUGAAGAACCAAGUCCGCACCGAAUUCCUUCCCACAUAUGGUGCACAUCCGGACACCGCACCCUGGUCAUCCGCGUCGUCCCUCUUCGCCUUCUUCAUCGGCAUCAACGACGUAGGAAACAGCUGGUGGCUCAACAACGCCACGCUCUACGACACCAUCUUCUCUGUAUAUGGCAGCCUCCUCGAAGACGUAUACGCAACCGGUGCCCGCAACUUCUUGUUCCUGAGCGUGCCGCCUGUUAACCUUGCGCCAAUGACGCUAAACCAAGAUGACGGUGGUUACGCAAAGGAGAACGAGGGCAAGGUUAUCCUGGACUGGAACAAGAGGCUCAGUGAGAUGGUGAACGCGUUCCAGGCGAACCAUACUGGAACCACUGCCUUCGUACAUGAUACCUGGGGUCUGUUCAAUGCCGUCAUUGAGAACCCCGCUAGUUAUGAGCAGACCGCCGGAUUGAAGAAUGUCACUGACUACUGCGCGGCGUACAUGAAUGGAACACCGGAUUGGUACACCAAGAACGACACUUGCGAGUACCCAGUCAACGAGUACUUGUGGCUCAAUGAGCUACAUCCUACUUUCCCUAUUCACAACGCCACUGCAGCUUCAAUCGCAGAGUUGUUGAGCAAAGAGUAAAGGAAAAAGAAGAAAGCGAAGAUUUCAAAGAUUCAUUGUAUAUAUGUAAGCCUCAAACAAAGGACCAAAGUGUUGAUGAACGGGAUAGUCAACUCAAGAACGCCA